CCCAGUUGACCGGCUGAUUCAGAACCUGCUUGCUUUGAAUUUCUUAAUUGCCACCAAAUUCCCCGUUAAAAUGUCCCACAACCACUCGCACGGCCACGGGGGGUGUGCCCACGAGGCGCUCGGAAUCGACGACGAGCUGGAGAUGGGCAUCCAGUACAGUUUGUACGAAAAGAUCGACAUGCUGAACGUGGAGUGUCUGAACGAGGAAAGCGAAGGGUCCGGCCGGACGGUGUUCAAGCCGUACGCCCAGCGGCUGGAUUUCGACAAGUUUGUGACGAGCGAUGCCGACGAGGAGCUGCUGUUCAAUGUUCCCUUUACGGGGAACGUUAAGCUGAAGGGCGUCAUUGUGGUGGGGGCGAACGACGAUAGUCAUCCGAAGAAGAUGCGAUUGUUCAAGAAUCGUCCAAAGAUGACCUUUGACGAUGUCGGUGCCCAGGCCGACCAGGAGUUUGAACUGGAAAGGGACUCUAAUGGCGUUAUCGAGUAUUCUACCAAAGUCGUCACCUUCUCGUCGGUCCACCACCUCUCCAUUCAUCUGCCCACCAACUACGGCGACUCGAACACCACCGUGUACUACAUCGGCCUGAAGGGAGAGUUCAGCGAGGCCCACAACCACGGCGUCACGAUCUGCACGUACGAAUCGCGCCCCAACGUGUCGGACCACAAGAACGACGUGUUCGAUUCGGUCAACCACCAGGUCCAGUGAGUGUGAUAUUUCUGAAAAGUUUUGUGCUUUCUUUUUUUCGGAAUAUAAAGUUAAUUUAUUAAACUU